CCGGUCCAAGGCCUCUAUCCUCUCUCUCCCCUUCCCCUCCCACCUCGGACGCCGCGCCGGCGGUUUCUUCUCUCGGACCGCCGCCGCCGAGAUCCGCCGCGACGACGCCCAUGGAGGCCACCAAAGGCGCUCCAGGGGGCGGCGGUUCCGUUGAAGGAUCUGCGACAGGGGCUCGAACCCCCGGUGGCGACGCUUCCGAAGAAGAUGUUGGUGUCGUAGGUGAUGGACAGACGAAGGUUGCCGACGGCGGCCAAGGUGGCGUAGGUGGCACUGCGCCCGGUAGCCGUCGUGAGGGCAGCACGAAGCCCCCCGCGUCCGAGAUAGCUGAUGGACCCGCUCGCGCCGGCGGAGGCGGAGGCGAUUUAGCCGGCACAGGUGGCGAACAGGGUGGCGGCGUUCGCGCUGGUGGUCGCCGCUCUUCCGGCGAGGGAGGUGUACCCGACGAAUCGUCAGAGCAUGCUAUUGUCGACCCUCAAGAGACGCAGCCGUCGGGUGCGAAGAAGCGCGGCAGUUGCCAUCCGUCGGCAGCGCCAUUACAGACAAACAAGGCAAAUAAUUGGAAAAGGACAUGCAUCCGUGGGAGACAGCCAGCUGCUACAGCUAGCAGUGACGAUGAAGAAGAUGUUUUCAUGACUCCUCGGCACGUUGUUGAGACUCCACGUCGCCAGACACGAGCAUCUACUGUUGCGAAGACUAAGCAAGCAAUGGCCAAAUCCAGCGGCAUUCAUCCCAAGCAAAGAGUGACAUUCAAGGAGCCGGCCGAAGUAAAGAACAAGAAGCGCAAGGCUACUGACGUCGAGGACGAUGGAGCGUCAGCAAAGCCAGCUAGGACUUCAACAUGUGCUCCCAAACAUGCUUGUACAUCUGAGGAUAAAACUAAGGCCCCGCGGUGGAACGUACGCAGCUACCCCAAAAGGAUCCAUAACCUGCUGAAUGGUCUAUCAACCGAGCAGAAGAAAAUUUUCUUAGAGGAUACAGGUUUUGACAAGUUGCUACAGUUCAAGCUGGAGCGCAACAUACCUCCUGCUUUCCUACAGUGGUUAUACAAGCGUAUUGACCACCACACCAUGACUAUUCGGCUGGGUCCUGGUAAGGAGUUGAAGCUUACCAAGGAGGUAUUUUAUCGUAUACUUGGUCUUCCCAAGACAGGAGCUCAGCAAGAAAAGAUAGAGGAGUGGUCGUUGAGGAAAGAUGAAGCAAAGGACCUCCGCAAAGCUCUGAAGAUCACUGAAUUAAAAGAGUUCAAUCCAGACAUAUUGAUUCAACACGUGAAGAAGAAAGGAACUGAUGAACUGACAAAACGGUGCUUCUUCAUUGUUCUAUUCAACUGUAUGCUCUUUUGUACAGGCAGUUGGGUAAUUAGUAACAAUGAGAUCAUGCGCACGGCUGACAUGUCAAAUUUCCACAAGAUUGACUGGUGUCAUGAGAUUUACACCUUCUUUGUCCAUCAGAUGGAGUUGUUUGCUAAUGACUUGAAGAAGCCGCAGGUUUCAUAUACCAUACCUGGUUGUAGUGUGGCUGUAGCGUUGUACUACUUUGAUUGGCUAGACCACAAGGAUGGCGCUAAAGAUAGGCGCACAACCUCCCGAAUUGGAGCUUAUGUCAGUGAUACGAUAGAUAAUUUAUUGUCUCGUGAUGUGAUAAGGGACAAGCAGACCAUUAUUGGCUAUGGCAAGUUGGAUUUCAUCCCCGUCUCCCAAACUUGCUACAUCGGUACUCCGGAAGUUGGUGGUAUUAGCAUUCCAAGGAUCUCAACCUUGCUUGGUGACAAGUUAAUGAGCUUGGCAGAAGGCGAUCAUGACCAUAUACUGGGAUAUAUUAAUGAGUACGACGAUGAAGUCCAGCAUCAGUGCCAUAAUAUCGAGGCUGCCAUAGAUCGCAUUGUUGAGAAACAGCGCGAGAUGACAGACGUGUUUGGUUCUAUGAUUGACAAUUUUAUUGCGAAUCAAAAUGAGCAAGUUUUUCACACUGGGCAACAAAAUAUUGCAGCAGGUCCAAAUGUCGUGACAGGUCAGACCAGCACGCACGGCGAAGGAAGCAAAACUGAUGGGACAAAUGCCGGUUUGGGCGAUAGAACUACGCACCCCGAAGAAGAUCGAGUUCAAGACCAGGGCAAAUCUACUGAGAAGCCUUUUAGCAAACCAGGUCUUCAAGAGACUGACCACGACCAAGGCGAUCAUUCUGACCGAAACCAAGCCCCUACCAAACCUGUUGGCCAGCCUUCCACUGAGUAUACUUCUCAAGAGACAGAUUGUCGCGAUAUAGACAGAGAAACUAUUGAUGGACAAGGAACUCAUGAACAAUGUGAUCAUUCCGAUUCUAACGAGGGGCAGACUAUCCUCAUUGCCCAAGGGAGUAGAGAGGCAACCACCAGAGAAACUAUUCACUGCGAGGAAGGCAGGGAGAGUGGGCACACACAAGCCCAGAUAACUGCCCCCAAUCCGAAGACGACAUCGCAUACUACAUUAAGGACACCGCCUGAACAAACUAGUUGCGCCCGAACUAAGGCCUAUUUCCCACACAUCCUGGCUGAUGAGCAUGAUGGCAAUUCUUGCGUUGAGCGCAAUGUACAAGCUGGUGACGAACACGAGGUGGACAUAUCUGGUGAUCAGGCUGACGAUGAAGUAGCGAUCAAUGCUGCUGGUACAAAGAGUGAGAGUUCUGAAGAUCCUGCAUGGGCUGCGGGCGACGAUGAAGGAGAAGAGUGGCUGGAGGUCACUCAAACCAGCCCCGGAACACGUCGUGAUGAAUUAGAUAUGUCGCAAACGAUAGCAUCUCCCCAUGUAAUCCGCCUCAGCACGAAUGAGACAGAUGCGACAUCAAAUGAGGUUGAGGAUGGCAAUGCGAAAAUUUCUGAGACUGAGCAAGCCCAGAAGGGAGAAGACUGUAAUGAAAUUGGUAGCCAAGAUGUUCAAGAGCAGCCCCAAUCACGUAAGAAUGAAGAUAACACAUCCUUGAAGUAGCUACAUAUUUUUUUAUUCAUUACACCAUGUUCUGUGUUUAUCCGUGUUUGUAAUACUAGUGUCCCUUCUCCCUUUCAACAUGUGAAAGCAGCCCCUUAGGGGCUAUAGUGGUUAUUUCAAUGUAAUCUAGCGGCCAACAUGUAGCUGGCCGCUGCAAUCGCUAGUUAGGAAGCAACAUUUUGCUAAUGCCGCUUCCUAAUGACAUUGUAAUAUAUAUUUAAGUUGACAACCAGCCCCACAUUUGGUCUAUAUGCAAUAAAACUAUGGAUUCUAUGCA